AUGCCGCCCAAACGGGAAGACAGCCAGCUGUCGCAGGACAGCGCCAUGACAGUCACGCCCGAAGACCGGCACGAGAUACUGUACUUUGCGUACGGGAGCAACCUGUCGACGGCGCAGAUGCGGCAGCGCUGCCCGUACUCGACGCCCAUAGGGCUAGGACACCUCGACGGGUGGACGUGGCUCGUCAACGAGAGGGGCUACGCCAACGUCGUGAGGGCCUCGUCGGGCGGCGGCGGCGGCGGCGGGGGGCGGCGGCGGCGGCGGCGGCUGCGGCGUCUACGGGCUCUUGUACCUGCUGCCGCCGCAGGACGAGGAGCGGCUCGACGCGUACGAGGGCGUGCCGUGGGCGUACGAGAAGACGACGUGCGACGCGCGCUGGGUGAGGGACGCGCAGGGCAGGGUGCUGGACGAGCCCGUCAGGGCGUUGGUGUACGUGGACAAGAGCCGGGUGCGGGAGAGCGCGCCCAGGGACGAGUACGUCGAGAGGAUGGAGAGGGGCAUCGAGGAUGCCGUGGACAAUUGGGGCCUGGAUAG